AUGAAUAAUGUGAUUUCUAAAGCAUGCAAGGGACGAGGCGAGUGGUGUGACGGAUCAUUAUUCAAUCGAUGCUGUGGUCACUUGAGAUGUGAGCUUAAAAGCUUCGCGGAUGGCAUCUGUCGGAGCUGCAUCGGUUCGGGGCACGCAUGCGUACGAGAUUCGCAAUGCUGUUCGGAUGACUGUCAAUGGCUGAAGUGCCUGUGAUAAAAUAAAGACUUUAUUUGACUGAAAAAUUUAUUAUGUAUCUUCGGGUACAAUAAAGUUCA